GUAAAGUACUAAAAUCCAGCCACAGGCUCCCAACGACUAAAGUGAGUUCACAAGGGAUAACUAACAAAUUUGCCUCCUCAUUACUCGGGCUCGAAGCCAGGGUGCGAACAAGCAGCUACCAAGACCGCGCGGACUCUAGUAGUUACAUCACCCCCGCCGCUUCUUGAAGCUUAUCUGGGGCCAUGUAUGUAUCGCGGUCGAAUCCGUAACUGUCGCCAUCCCCGUCGCAUCCCCAGUUUUCCGAGCCCAACCAUAGCCUAACAAUGAGUCCAUUUUCUUUUCCAAGCGGGUUUUGCUGCUUGGAAUAGAACUUUGCGGAGAAGGACGCUUGCCAUUUACCAUCGCGGGUUGAAGAGAGGUACACGAAGUAGGGCGCUCCCUUUUGGUCUUGUCUGUUGUGUCGUUCCACGACCCUGGUUGGCUUUAAACAGGUUCCACAGGUUCCGCGAUUAGCCAUGUGGAUCGGCAUGGAGAAGCCUGGGGAUGGUGGCUUGCACACCUCCUGAUGUAGCAUUUCCGGUUAACGCUUCGAGAAUUUCGACAGGCUUGGGUCUUGGGGGAGGUGGGGGGGUUUUAGCGGACCUCGUGUCAUGGGGAGGUAGCACAAUAACAGAGGGCCCGCUUCCCCAGAUAUCUAUACAGCUUGACCCCGGCUGCGACUGUAAACCUUGAUAGAUCUUUUGGAAGCGCGUUUGAUCAUCCAGUUGACCAUCAUGACGUGGAAAUCAAGGCUCUUUUCCCGGUCAGCAGCCAGUGGCCAUGGUGAUGGGGACGUCAUCACGACGCACUCCGAUGAGGUGAAGGGAGAGGGGAAGCCUGAGUCUCAGGAGCGCGAGAUCGCGGCGAAGGACCUGGAGAAGGUCGCAAAGUCUCAUCAAUGGGACCCGAACCUCCCCAGUGAGCAGAUUGACGCUAUAGAGGAAGCAAGGCGGACUGGGGACGUUGAGAUUGUCACUCAAGUUGACAAGGCCUUUCUCGAGGAGUCGCCAUACCCGGAAGUUCGCGCCGCCGUAAGAAACACAGAUGAAGGAGAGGUGGCCAACACCGUUCGCGCAUGGAUUUUGGGAUUGGUUUUUGUCACUGUGGGAAGCGGGCUGAACAUGUUCUUGAGCAUGCGACUGGUCUACCCCGUUGGAUGUCUCUGGGCGAAGGUUGUUCCACGAAAGGUUUUCAAUGUCUUCGGUCUUCGUUGGACAUUUAACACUGGUCCAUUUACAAUCAAGGAGCAUGCGGUGAUAACGAUCAUGUCAAACGUCGCUAUCGAUUAUGCAUAUAGCACCGAUGCCCUUCUCGCUCUUCAAGGAAAACCAUUCUUUAAUAUCAACCUGGGAUGGGGAUUUGCCUUGCUUUUCACCUUGAGUAGCCAGAUGAUAGGGAUGGCUCUCUCCGGGAUCUUCCGUCGUUUCCUUAUCUGGCCAGCAGCAAUGAUCUGGCCUUCUGUGUUUUCAAACACAUCCUUGUUCUACGCCCUUCACGAUAAAACUCGCUCGGAUCCAUCUACGACCAAUGGCUGGCGAAUCUCACGGUAUCGCUGGUUCUUGUACCUUAUGAUGGCCGCAUUCGCAUAUUAUUGGAUUCCCGGAGUUCUAUGGCAAGGGCUUUCGGUAUUUUGUUUUGUAACAUGGAUCCGACCCAAGAGCCCCGUUAUCAACCAACUGUUCGGUGGAUUUACGGGAUUAUCGUUGAUCCCGCUGACAUUUGACUGGACAUACAUAUCGAGUUAUUUACAGAAUCCAUUGUUGUCGCCUACGCACUCGCACCUUAACACUCUGAUAGGGCUUGGGCUCUUUGUCAUCAUAACCACUGUUGGAAUCUCUUAUUCUGGGGCUAUGUACUCGGAUUAUCUUCCAAUCAACACCUCUUCCACGUUCGACAAUACACAGAAUUUCUAUAAUGUUUCAAGAAUUCUUGGACCAAACUUUUCAUUCGACAUUGAGAAGUACAAAUCGUACUCUCCGUUGUUUCUGGCGCCAACGUUUGCCCUAAAUUACGGGUUAUCAUUCGCUGCCCUCACCGCAGUUCUUGUCCAUAUCGCACUCUACCAUGGCAAGGAAAUUAUUUACCGUGCCAAAGCUGCAAGAAAUCAAGAGCCCGAUAUCCAUAUGAAAUUGAUGUCGAAAUACGAGGAAUGCCCCGAAUGGUGGUAUGCAGUCCUGUUAGCACUCUCCGUCGCCUUGGGUUUGGCUACUUCCGAGGCGUAUUCUUCUCAGCUCCCGUGGUGGGCAUUUUUUGUUGCUACAAUCAUGGGGCUCGUCUUUGUUAUCCCUACAUGCAUGCUUUUGGCCAUUGCAAAUAUACCGCUUGCACUAAAUGUCCUCUCUCCUUUCCUCGGUGGGUUCAUGUUACCAGGAAAAGCUAUCGGCGUCAUGGUCUUCAAGGUCUAUGCCACUAACACACUUGGACGAGCGCAAACAUAUAGCCGAGAUUUGAAGCUGGGUCAUUAUAUGAAAGUCCCACCGAAGACAACAUUUACGUGCCAGGUCGGAGCUACUAUAUGGGCUGUCUUUGUCCAGAUAGCAGUUAUGAACUGGACUCUUGGUAACGUCGAGAAUGUUUGCACGCCCGACCAACCAGCUCAUUUUACCUGUCCCAACGGUAAAACAUUUUUCUCAUCAAGUAUAGUAUGGGGUGUUAUCGGACCACAGCGGAUGUUCGGCCCAGGUUCCAUAUACUCUUCCAUUCAAUGGUACUGGCUGAUUGGAGCAGCCCUCCCUGUUAUAUUUUAUGUUCUCAUUAGGCUCUUCCCUCGAUCCCCAGCAAGAUUCCUCAAUGCUCCAGUGAUGCUCGGCGCUAUGAACUGGCUGCCACCUGCUACUCCCCUGAGCUUCUCGUCUUGGGCUAUUGUUGGCUUGAUUUUCAACUACUGGAUUCGCCGCAAGUGGUCCGGUUGGUGGCAUCAGUACAAUUAUGUCACCGCCGCAGCACUCGACUCUGGCCUUGUGAUUGCCACGAUCGUAAUAUUUUUCGCAAUUACAUUCCCAGGAGUUAGUCUCCCGAACUGGUGGGGGAAUAAUAUCCCGUAUGAAACGAUUGAUUACACCUACGAAGCGGUGCGUAGGACAGUUUCGCCAGGUGAGACGUUCGGGCCAACAGAGUGGUAAAGUGGUGCAUUAGUGCUUCUUUCCCCCCUGCUCAGAUAGCCAGCUAUGCCUUUUUCUUUUAACACGGAUUUGCCUGUCUUGCGAACUUUUGAUGGAACUAUCUGCUUCUUACCCUCUUGAUAUAAGAAUUAGCGAAUGAUGGAACCUCUAUACUCGUAUUAAAUCACAUUGCCAUCUCGAUGGCUAUUAAAUCACAUUGCUAUCUCGAUGGCUAUUAAAUCACAUUGCCAUCUCGAUGGCUAUCUACAACGAUCAGGAGUUCGGUCCCUUCGCAUUACUAACCAUUCCUUUGAGUAAGCGCAAAAGAGAAUAUUGACGAGAGAGAACCAUGAAACCCGUUAAACUAGAUUAUUGCUUGCACUACCCAUAAAAUUUCCACGACGGCUUAUACUCCGGUGUUAAGGGUAAAUCCUGCAUUAUAGCCCUGAGAAAUUCAAUCGGCAUCUGGUUUUCCCUCAGAAUCCAAUCAUGGAACUCCUUUUCUCCAAUAAUUCCAGAAUCCACAAUCUCACGUCUCAGUGACCGAAGCUGUAGGGCACCAAGCAUAUACCCGGCCUGAUAUAACGGGGAAUAAUCACCAUUGAAUGACCGACGAACCUCGCCCUCCGCUGUGGCGCGUUCGUGUCCGACCCGCGAGACGAGAAAGUCGAUGCACUCCUGUGGUGUCAUCUGGCCCAUAUGAAACUUGAGUGAGAAGAUGAUGCGGGCGCAGCGAUGCAUGCGCCAGAAGAGCAUUCCGAUGCGGUUCUCUGGGCUUUGUGGGAAUCCUCUAUCCCAAAAAGUCAUUUCCCAGUACAAAGCACCACCCUCGAUCCAGAACGGGGUGGUGAAGAGCUGGCGAUAGGGACGGUAACGAGAGGCCAUGUAGAGUUGUAAGUGGUGUCCAGGAAUGAGCUCGUGGAAGACAGUGGCACGGGAGAAGUGGACGUUGUUUGAGCGAAGGCUCAUGAGCUUGUCGUUGUGGUCCAUUGAGGAGGUAGGGAAGGAGACCCGAAUAGAUUCGCCGCCCAGGAAAAAAGGGGCUACUUUCUGUGCGGAGGGAGACAUCAUGAACGUCCUCCACGUCUCAGCAGCCAGAGGAGGAACGGUCACCAAAUCAUUCUUGGUUACAUAUUCGAUAGCUUCAUCCGCAAGUUUGCGAACGAGUUGCGGUUGCUGCCCAGGAGAAACGUAAAGAUUCUUGACGUAUUCUAAUGCCCUACGCCAAUCUUCUCCAAAGCCCAAUUCCCGUGAAGCAUUCUUCAUCUCUCGUUCACACCAUAUAUAUUCCUUCUCGCCGAUUGUGAUCAGCUCCUCUGGAGUGUAGGGUAUCACUUCGGCUUCUAGGUCAGCAAGCAAACCUUCAUAGCCGAUUGGUUGGCCGACGAUGGGGUCUUCUUCAUCCGGAUCCAAGCCAACAAUGUUUCGUCGAAUGGCUGCCGCAAGGUCUUCCAAUUUCACAAUCACUUGAGAAUGCGGCUGUGAUGUCCACCAAGUCAGUAGAGGCUCGUAUCCUUCGUAAAAGCUGAACCAUUCUGCGAGAGAAUGCUGAAGUUGCUCCACGGCACUGGCGGCGCGGAAGGCGCUAAAUUUGUCUAUUUCAAUGUCGCCUUUCUCGAGCCUUGUCAUGAGAGAUGUUAUCGCUUUAGAGAUGUCCUCGAGCCGCUGCGCUGCGACCUGGCCAUCCACCGGGGCAACCUUUUGCCUGUCCUCGCAUAAUUGAAUAAUGGACGGAGCAAAUGGCCGUAGUAGGGGGUCCAUCUUUUUAAUCCGAGUUUCAUCCAAUUCGAGUCGUCGGAGGCUCCGUCUCAGAAAGUUGCUCAGAAGUAGGAAAUCUAUCUUAUCCUCCUGGUUGUAGGAUUGAAAUGGCAAAGCCUCCAGUUCUCCCAGCUCUUCAUGAUAGUACUUUUUCAAUUUGGCCACCGUGGUCGGUGAAAUAUCGAUUGAGUAGAACCUUUUCAAGCACUCGAUAUCUUCGGUCACCCUUACAAUGCGAUGUUGGAUGCUUUCGCCAUGGUCGAUUGGCUGUUGAACGACAGGUCGACAGAUGCUCAGAGGAUGCUGGACAAUUCGUUUGACCAUGAUUCCUAACCGACGAGACGUAAAUGGCGUUGAAUGAUUCGACCUUUCUCGGAUGGCUCAAUAUACCUCGCUUGGCCGUUAUGUCUAUCACAGCGGGAGUUGUUGGCUAAGAAAGAAAAUUGAGCAAAUACGUAUUUAUGUACCCUCGGUCCAUAGAUUACUGCUCCGUAUGGAGUAUUUCAGAAGCGAUCGGUAAAGCCGCCGGCUAUGGCAUUACCGAUACGAAGGAGAC